UAAGAAACUGUAGAGUUCUCAGAGCUCCUGGUACGAGCAUCUUCCCUUGGGUGGAUUCUUGGCUUUUCUCCCAGCAUGGCCCCCAAACACCAGUCUUCACUUCCACCCCAAGCAAAGAAACCGAAGAAACCGAGACUGACUCCUGCCUCCAAGCCAGAGGAAACGUCUGCUUCUCCGAACUUGACGAACAAAGAAAAAGAACAGCAAGAAGCAAUUGAACAUAUUGAUGAAGUACAAAAUGAAACAGACAGACUUAACGAACAAGCCAGUGAGGAGAUUUUGAAAGUAGAACAGAAAUAUAACAAACUCCGCCAACCAUUUUUUCAGAAGAGGUCGGAAUUGAUGGCCAAAAUCCCAAAUUUUGGGGUAACAUUUGUUAACCAUCCACAAGUGUCUGCACCGCUUGGGGAGGAGGAUGAAGAGGCGCUGCAUUAUUUGACAAGAGUGGAAGUGACAGAAUUGGAAGAUAUUAACUCAGGUUACAGAAUAGAUUUUUAUUAUGAUGAAAACCCUUACUUCGAAAAUAAAGUUCUCUCCAAAGAAUUUCAUCUGAAUGAGAGUGGUGAUCCAUCUUCAAAGUCCACUCAAAUCAAAUGGAAAUCCAGAAAGGAUUUGACAAAACGUUCAAGUCAAACGCAGCAUAAAGCCAGCAGGAAGAGACAGCAUGAGGAACCAGCAGGCUUCUUCACCUGGUUUACUGAUCAUUCUGAUGCAGGUGCAGAUGAGUUAGGAGAGGUCAUCAAAGAUGAUAUUUGGCCAAAUCCAUUACAGUACUACUUGGUUCCGGACGUGGAUGAUGAGGAAGGGGAAGGAGAAGAAGAUGAUGAUGAUGAAGAAGAGGAAGAAGGAUUGGAAGAUAUUGAUGAAGAAGGGGAUGUGGAUGAAGGUGAAGAAGAUGAAGAUGAUGAUGAGGGGGAGGGAGGAGAGGAAGAUGAAGGAGAAGAUGACUAAUGGAACACUGAUGGAUUCCAACCUUCCUUUUUUAAUUUUCUCCAGUCUCUGGGAGCAAGUUGCAGUCUUUCUCUCUUCUCCUCUUGUGUUCAGGCGCCCUGUUUUUGAGGUCUCUUUUCUCCUUUAUACUAUGGAUCACAACUUAUUUGGGGGGAAAUUACCUUGAGCAGAAUUCAGUGGGAAAAGAAUCUCUACCCCUUUCUGUUCCAAAUUCAUUUUUAUCCUUUCCUGUCUCAACAAAAACUUUAUGGAAUCAACACCACCAUUCUCUGUGGGAAAAAAGAAAAACCUGCUUCCUUAGCUCUGCUGGAAGCUGGAGGGUGCUAGGCCCCUGUGUAGUAGUGCAUAGAAUUCUAGCUUUUUUCCUCCUUUCUCUGUAUAUUGGGCUCAGAGAUUACACUGUGUCUCUAUGUGAAUAUGGACAGUUAGCGUUUACCAACAUGUAUCUGUCUACUUUCUCUUAUUUAAAAAAAGAAAAAAAAAACUUUAAAAAAUGGGGUUAUAGAAGGUCAGCAAAGGGUGGGUUUGAGAUGUUUGGGUGGGUUAAGUGGGCAUUUUGACAACAUGGCUUCUCCUUUGGCAUGUUUAAUUGUGAUGUUUAACGGACAUCCUUGCAAUUUAAGAUGACACUUUUAAAAUAAAAUUCUCUCCUAAUGAUGACUUGAGCCCUACCACUCGAUGGGAGAAUCAGCAGAACCUGUAGGAUCUUACUUGCAAUUAACAUUCUCUAUUGUAAUUUUGUCCCUGUUUAUUUUUAAAUUUUUCUUUUUGUUUCACUGGAAAGGAAAGAUGAUGUUCAGUUUUAAACGUUAAAAUUGUACAAGUUGCUUUGUUACAAUAAAACUAAAUGUGUACACACACACCAAAAAAA